ACGGACCCCUUGCAUCUACAUGGUAGCCUCAGUUCCAUUUCGCGAUGGAGGCUACUUGCUCCUUCUGGCACUAGGUAGUUGUGCGUUUCUUAUCAGGGAGUGAGACGUACAGAGCGUGAGCGAAACAAAGAAAGACAGGGUGAGAAAAAAGAGGAACUCGAGGGAGAAGGGUAAGCGACAUAUAGAAAGGAGCGAUAAUAAGAAAGAGAAAAAAAGAGAAAGAGGGAAGUCGAGCGAGAGUCGAAGAAGACACUGCUAGAAAGUAAACUGAGAACGCAAAAAGGGGGGGGGGAUAACGAGAGAAGAAGAUAGAAAAACAAAUGAUAGAGAUAAAAGGGGUGCGAGCCCAACGAACGACGUUCUAAAACAUUUCCUCGAAAAGGCAUCAGGAAAUCUGCAAUCCGUCCCAGAUUUUAGGGAUAUCGUCUUCUCGCGCCUCUUCUCCCGCUGGGCGUCCCGCAUCGGUGGUGCGCGCGGGGGAUGACGACUCGCGCGGUGGCCGAUCCAAGACGAGCGUCGUGAAGCCGCGUUAUUUCGUAACGCAAAUCGCGCUUAAUACACAUCGUCAUGGCAGAACGGAGGUGACCGGAUGCUGGGCGGUGCAGUGAUUCGAUUGAUUCGCUGAAGAGUGUUCGUGGCUUCCACCGAACUUCCGAGUGCCGCGUUAAGUGAGCGUACGUGUGCGUGCGUGGGUGCGUGCAUACGUUUGUGUCUCUCGCUGCGUGAACAUACGUACAUACGUACUUGCGUGCUUGCGAGCGAGCGCUGAUCGGGGGCUUAUACAGUGACGCCUUGGGCGCUCUUGUGUGUACGUGCGGGUUCGCCAAGGAAGGCAAAAGCGAUCCACGAGUCCCUCAGCUGGUCACCGAGGUGGUCCACCCAAGUGAGAGUGCAUCGUCAUCGUCCUCGUCAUCAGCCCCCAUCUACGCGCUGUCGCAUUUCAAUCAGCGCAGCGCAGAGGAAGCGGCGGCCGGACGCGCGCGUUUCAUCGAGCUUUCUUUGAUCCUUCGGUAGGAAGCGGUAGGAAGCCGCUGAGCGUGAGAUCGAUAUCGAAAGAGGGAGAGAGGGAGAGAGAGAGAGAAGAACGGAGAAGCAGCGAAGCGGACGAGACUGCAGCGACGGCGGCGAUUCUCGAUCGGUCGAGAGAGGAGGUGGAGAGACUCCGACGAAGAUGAUGUUCGGGAGGAUUAGAAGAGAGAAGGUCUUCUCCGGCAAUGGCUGAUCGUCGUGGCCGCGAUGUCCGCGGCGUAUGAGCCGCUCUAUCGCGAGGACGACGAACGUCAACGCUGCCCGCAACAGCCGGAUCCACGCGGGAUCUACGCGCUCGUGAUCGCGAUCGUGACGUAGUGGGCGGACGCGGUGCGUGAACGAGGAUGAAGGGACGGUCCCUCGAGCCGCGAAACGAGGAGCCGCUGCGUUGUCGCGAGUGAGCCGCGAGCGGUGUCGAGGAGUGUUCAAUUGCGGCGAGCUACGUCAAGUGCAGGAGAACGCGUGUUCGUUAAUAAACGCAUGCAUGCUAACAAAAAGAGAGAGAGAGAGAAACGGCGAGUCAAUCGGACACUUCCGUAAACAGGAGUGAAUGAUCACCGCAACGAGUGAAUCGAAUCUUGAGUGAAAGAAGUUUGCGUAAUCGAUUCGUAGGAUUUAAAUCGCGAGAGUGCGCUUUCGAUGACACUCGAGACUGCUCUCGUCAGGAUCGUUCGAGAUAAUCCCUUAUUACCGCGAUAAGACGUGGUGAACAGUCACAAAGCGAUCAUCCUCACGGGAGGGUUGCCGAAAAGCAGAGACUAACUCGAUCCUCUUGAGACAGUGGUGAGAGCGCCAUCAUCCAGGCCAGGAGCAAGUGGAAAAGGGUCGAUUGGGAUCAGACUCCACUCAACCAAUCACUUUCCUUCCUUUCAUCUUCGAGUCGUCGCGAUUGAGGAUUAGACCGAUCGACGUUCGCGAUUGACUUGAUAUGCUUUCGGUGAGCUCUCGAACGACAGAGCAGCUUUGUUGGUGUUGAUCAGAAUUGAUAAGAUUCGUGCGAGAUGAGACAUGAAGUGCAACGUGUUCAUUGCAGCCAGAUCGGCAUCUCGGAUCCAGUCGACCGCGACUCGUUAGAUUCAACGGUAAUGGUGAUCUUGGUGGUACCGUGCGCGACCUUGAGCCCAGUAUAUCCAGUGGUGAGACGCGCGUUGUAGCACGCGCCCGAAUCGUGGAAAGCCCGUCGUUCUCGAAAAAGUUCAAUUCGGUACGCUCGGGGAUACAUCGGAAGGAGCAGCGGGACAGCAGGAGGACGAGGGGGCGGACGAGGAGGACGAGGAGAAAAAAGAGGAAGAGGAGAAGGAGGAGGAGGAGGGGGCGGGGGUGGAGGAGACGAGGGAGGGUAGGCAGCACCAAGGAGGAGGAAAUUUCCUCCGUACGCGGUCUCGGACGAAGGGGGCGAGAAACGUGCGUUUGUAAUUCGGCGUGGCUGCCUUCGAGGAUGAGCGACGGUGGUCAUGCCGUGUAAUUCGAAGGUGUACCACGCCACCGUCGCAUCGUGCACGAUCGCCGCCGCCGCCGUCGUCUCUGUGGUGGUCGUCGUCCACAUCGUCGUGGUCAAACUGUUGAGACACGACAGAAUCACGGCAUCGCCGAAAAGAUGAGCUCGAUCGACUUCGACGAGGUGCUGGUACAUGUGGGCGAGAAGGGCCGAUACCAGAACAUCAUGUACUACUUGUUGUGCAUACCCGCCACCCUGCCGGCCGCCUUCUUGGCCUUCUCACAAACUCGCGAUUUCGAGAUAGGUGUUCGUGAGUGCCUCGCCAGAGCACUGGUGCAAGGUACCGGAAUUGGAAAAUCUGACGGAUCUGAUGUCGUUGGAGGAGAGGAAGGCGCUCUCAUUACCCUACCAGAUCAAGUCCGAUGGCAGAAGGGUUUAUUCCAAGUGUCAGAUGUACAACGUGAAUUAUACGGAGAUAAUUGAUUCGUGGCUCAAAGGCGCCGAUCUGUCCAACACCACCGACAGCCCGUCAUUGACCACGUCUCCGUCGUUUGACUCACUGUCGACCCGAUUGCCAUCGCCGCCGGUCAGUAGCCCCGACUGGCCGGUCGUCGAGUGCCGGUACGGAUGGAACUACGACACCAGGGACUACGACAGCACCCUCGUGACCGAGCUAGACCUGGUAUGUGACAACAGCUGGUGGCCUUCCACGUCAACGACAUUCUUUUACGUGGGUAGCCUCUUCGGCAACGUCGUGUUCGGUUGGAUCGCCGACAAAUGGGGCAGAAGGACGGCCUUCUUCGCCAUCCUGUUUCUCGAAGUGAUAUUCUCCAUCGCUACGAGCUUCAGUCCAAACUACGUGAUCUACACGGCGUUGAGGACCGUGAAUGGUCUCUUUUUUCCUGCCAUUUAUCAGAUACCUUUUAUACUUGCUCUCGAAUUAAUGGGGCCGAGAUACCGAACAUUUGCUGGGAUGGUGAUCUGCAUGUUCUUCGCCUCGGCGAUGUCCCUUCUAGCAUUGCUGGGUUACUUGUUAAGACACUGGUAUACCCUGUCGUUAGCCACAUCGGUGCCUUUCAUUCUUCUCUUCAGUUACUAUUGGAUCAUCCCUGAAUCACCGCGGUGGCUUCUCAGUAAGAAUAGAAUAGACGAGGCGGAAGUGAUCGUCCAACAGAUGGCAAAAGUCAACGGCAAAACAGUGCCCCCAAACUUCCUCAGAAAGAUGGAGAUAGAAAUAUUAAAGAGGCAAGGGAUAUCGUGUAACGGUAGAAAUACCGACAGCAACAUCGGCGUGGAGGGCGAGAACAGAACGCCGCCGCCGUCCGCGACGCCCAUGGACCUGAUCACAAAUCCAAACAUCAGGAAGAAGUUCUUCAUUCUCGCUUUCGAUUGGGUGGCGAACGCGGUGGUGUACAACGGGCUAUCCUACAACACGACUAAUCUGGGUGUCUCCGAUUAUCUGGCCUUCUUCAUUGGAGGAAUUGUGGAGAUUCCAUCGUAUUUCAUUACGUGGUACGCAAUGGAUAGAUUAGGCAGGCGAUGGGUACUAUGCGUGACCAUGAUGCUGGGUGGGCUUGCUUGCGUGUCUUGCAUGUUCGUGCCCGAAGACGCGGUCUGGGUGACCGUAAGCCUGGCGAUGAUCGGCAAAUUCGGCAUCGCUGCGUCCUUCGCCGUCUUCUACGUCUUCGUCGGCGAGCUGCUGCCGACUGUACUAAGGUCUCAGGCGAUGGGCAUAGCGUCUUUCAUCGCCGGCAUCGGCCUCCUUACCUUCCCCUACAUCGUUCAUUUGGCGGUCUACUCGAGAGUCUUACCUCUGAUCGUGAUGGGAUCGCUGAGCGUCGCCGGCGCGCUCACUUCCGUAUUUCUGCCGGAAACGCUCAAUAUCCAUCUGCCGCAAACAGUCGAGGAGGGUGAGAUGUUCGGGGCUGAUUUCAAGUUGUGGUCCUGUCCGACGAUACCAAAGAAAGGUUCAAGCAAAACCGAGUCCGUGCCGUUGAGGUACUUAGUAAACGGCGGACCGGGUAGUCGCUCUACCUCGAAAGUCACGCCGCAGGAAGGCGCGACUACGUCGGAGGGCGAGAAGCCAGCUACCGUGCUGCCCUCGAAGGAAGAAGAGGCGAAGAACUUAAGCGCAUCUAAGACGGAGGAGCUGACGAAUGUCGAGGUCGUCGGGCCAAAGACGAUCAGCACAGUGGUGGAAGUGAUCGUGUGCCGGAAGUCGCAAUGAGAGACGGGACGGGAUAACAGACAGUCUUAUAAUUAACUCUUUACAACGUUGUAUCAUAAUUACCAGUAUAGACACGCAUUGUAUUUAUUUUUCCAUUUAUUAUAAUGUACUUCCUUUGUGAAACCUGCCUGAGUUUGUCGACUAGCAAACGAUUCGAUCCCUGUCUCUUUCUUUCUGUGCUGUUGAAGAGUGCUUUCAAUUAUCGUCGAGGUGUGUGCCUGUACAUUGCGUGUGACUGAUAUACGCGUGUGAAUCGAGGAUUAACGUCUGGGAUCUACGAGGACUCUAGAGUGUAACGCUAUACUUUUUUAUUUGUUCGAUUAGACGUCGAUUUUACAUUUUGUCCUUACGUUAAGAAAGUCUUGUUGUGAUUUCAGUUAGCUUAAAUAAAAUACCUUAAUAUCUAUU